CACCCGGUCCGACACCGCCUCGCCCCACCCCUGCCGGGCCAGCGCGAAUCCCGGCGCCGAGUUCCGGGCGACGGCGCGGUCCCCACUCAGGCCCUCCUUCCUUCCCUCCUCCCCUGCCUCCAGCGGUGCCAGCUGCGCCCGAGCUCCGAGAAUCCGCCGCCACCGCGCAGGUUCCCGCGGCCGGCCGCCCUCGCCCCACAGCCAGCAUGUCACUGAAAGAUGAGUCAAGAGUAAAUACCUCUGCACUGCAGAAAAUUGCUGCUGACAUGAGUAAUUUGAUAGAAAAUCUGGACACGCGGGAGCUCCACUUUGAGGGAGAGGAGGUGGACUACGAUGUGUGUCCCUGCGAUCCCAGGAUACAGGAAGUGUAUAUUCCUUACUCUGCUAUUUAUAAUACUCAAGGAUUUAAGGAGCCUAAUACACAGACGUAUCUCUCCGGCUGUCCGAUAGAAGUUCAAGUUCUGGAAGUGGAGCGCUUAACAUCUACAAAAAGGGUACCAAGCAUCAAUCUUUACACUAUUGAAUUAACACAUGGGGAAUUUAAAUGGCAAGUUAAGAGGAAGUUCAAGCACUUCCAAGAACUUCAUAGAGAGCUGCUCAAGUACAAAGCCUUUAUCCGAAUUCCCAUUCCCACCAGAAGACACACAUUUAGAAGACAGAAUGUCAAAGAAGAGCCUCGAGAGAUGCCAAGUUUGCCCCGUUCAUCUGAAAACAUGAUCCAAGAAGAACAGUUCUUUGGUAGAAGGAAACAACUAGAGGAUUACUUGACAAAAUUACUAAAAAUGCCCAUGUAUAGAAACUAUCAUGCAACAACAGAAUUCCUUGAUAUAAGCCAGCUGUCCUUCAUCCAUGAUUUGGGACCAAAGGGCAUAGAAGGUAUGAUAAUGAAAAGAUCCGGUGGACACAGAAUACCAGGCUUGAACUGCUGUGGUCAGGGAAGGGCCUGCUACCGGUGGUCCAAAAGGUGGUUGAUAGUAAAAGAUUCCUUUUUACUAUAUAUGAAACCAGACAGUGGUGCUAUUGGCUUCGUCCUGCUGGUAGACAAAGAAUUCAGAGUUAAGGUGGGAAAGAAGGAGACGGAGACAAAAUAUGGACUCCGAAUUGAUAGUCUUUCAAGGACACUGAUUUUAAAAUGCAACAGCUAUAGACAUGCUCGGUGGUGGGGAGGGGCUAUAGAAGAGUUCAUCCAUAAACAUGGCCCCAACUUUCUCAAAGAUCAUCGAUUUGGGUCUUAUGCUGCUAUCCAAGAGAACACUUUAGCUAAAUGGUAUGUUAAUGCCAAAGGAUAUUUUGAAGAUGUGGCGAAUGCAAUGGAAGAGGCAAAAGAAGAGAUUUUUAUCACGGAUUGGUGGUUGAGUCCAGAAAUCUUCCUGAAACGUCCGGUGGUUGAAGGAAAUCGUUGGAGAUUGGACUACAUUCUUAAGAGAAAAGCACAACAGGGGGUGCGGAUCUUCAUUAUGCUCUACAAAGAGGUGGAACUUGCUCUUGUAAUCAAUAGUGAAUACAGCAAGAGGACUUUGAUACAUCUACACCCCAACAUAAAGGUGAUGAGGCACCCAGAUCACGUGUCAUCCAGUGUAUAUCUGUGGGCUCAUCACGAGAAACUCAUCAUCAUCGACCAGUCGGUGGCCUUUGUGGGUGGGAUUGACCUGGCCUAUGGAAGGUGGGAUGACAAUGAACACAGACUCACGGACGUGGGCAGCGUAAAGCGCAUCAUCGGGGGACCUUCUCUGGGUUCCCUCACAGCUGAAACAACAGAGUCUAUGGAAUCCUUAAGCCUCAAAGAUAAAAACGAAUCUAACAAAAAUCUGCCUGUCCUGAAGACUGUUGAUGAUGCAGAUUCAAAACUGAAAGGAAGAGGAAGGCCCAGAAAGUUCUCCAGAUUCAGCCUCUACAGGCAGCUGCACAGACACCACCUACGCAACACAGACAGCAUCAGCAGCAUUGACAGUGCCUCCAGUGACUGUAAUCACUGUAGGAGUCGUCAGAAUUUAAUCCAUGGUUUAAAGCCCCACUUGAAACUCUUUCACUCUUCCAGUGAGUCUGAGCAGGGGCUCACUAGACCUAACGCUGACACGGGCUCCAUCCGAAGUUUACAGACAGGUGUGGGAGAGCUACAUGGGGAAACCAGAUUCUGGCAUGGAAAGGACUACUGCAAUUUUGUCUUCAAAGAUUGGGUUCAACUUGAUAAACCUUUUGCUGAUUUCAUUGACAGGUACUCCACCCCCCGGAUGCCAUGGCACGACAUCGCCUCUGCCGUCCACGGGAAGGCGGCUCGCGACGUGGCCCGUCACUUCAUCCAGCGCUGGAACUUCACCAAGAUUAUGAAACCAAAAUAUCGGUCCCUUUCUUAUCCUUUUUUGCUUCCAAAAUCUCAAACAACAGCCCAUGAGUUGAAACACCAAGUGCCUGGGUCUGUCCAUGCUAAUGUACAGUUGCUCCGUUCUGCUGCUGAUUGGUCUGCUGGUAUAAAGUACCAUGAAGAGUCCAUCCAUGCUGCAUACGUCUGUGUGAUAGAGAACAGCAAGCACUAUAUCUAUAUAGAAAACCAGUUUUUCAUAAGCUGCGCUGAUGACAAAGUUGUGUUCAACAAGAUUGGCGAUGCCAUUGCUCAGAGGAUACUGAAAGCUCACAGGGAAAGCCAGAGAUACCGGGUUUAUGUUGUGAUACCACUUCUGCCAGGUUUUGAAGGAGACAUUUCAACCGGUGGAGGAAAUGCUCUACAGGCAAUAAUGCACUUCAACUACAGAACCAUGUGCAGAGGAGAAAAUUCCAUCCUUGGACAAUUAAAAGCAGAGAUCGGCAAUCAGUGGAUAAAUUACAUAUCCUUCUGUGGUCUUAGAACACACGCAGAGCUUGAAGGAAACCUAGUCACUGAGCUUGUCUAUGUCCACAGCAAGUUGCUAAUUGCUGAUGACAACACUGUUAUUAUUGGCUCUGCCAACAUAAAUGACCGAAGCAUGCUGGGAAAACGGGACAGUGAAAUGGCUGUCAUUGUGCAGGACACGGAGACGGUCCCUUCAGUAAUGGAUGAAAAAGAGUACCAAGCUGGCCAAUUUGCCCUAGGACUUCGGCUGCAGUGCUUUCGGGUUGUCCUUGGCUAUCUUUCUGACCCUAGUGAAGACAUUCAGGAUCCAGUGAGUGACAAAUUCUUCAAGGAGGUGUGGGUUUCAACGGCAGCUCGAAAUGCUACAAUUUAUGAUAAGGUGUUCCGGUGCCUUCCCAAUGACGAAGUACACAAUUUAACUCAGCUGAGAGACUUCAUAAGCAAGCCCAUCUUAGCAAAGGAAGAUCCCAUUAGAGCUGAGGAAGAACUGAAAAAGAUCCGUGGGUUCUUGGUACAAUUCCCCUUUUAUUUCCUGUCUGAAGAAAACCUACUGCCUUCUGUUGGAACCAAAGAAGCCAUAGUGCCCACCGAGGUUUGGACUUAAGAGUCAUACUUGUUUGCAACUCAAAGACUUCCACCCUGAAGAGUACAUGUCACUCAGUGACUUUCUGGAGACCUAACAGCCAAAGCCGGACCCAGCGCACUCUUGUAUCCAAUACUUGGACCCUUUGGGUUGGCUGGGAACGGCUGUAGUCAUACUGAUAUAAGGACAGUGAACAUCAGCAGGGCUUUAUAAUUCCUCCUGUCUAUCCCUGUGAAGAAAGGACUGUAUUCUUAGGUAGCAUAUACCCAACAGCUUAAACACAUACUAAAAUUCCAUGAUGUAUACCAAACUGCAUUUUCUUUGCUAACAAAAAUUCACCUGUCACUGUGAUCUACUUUGCCAAAAGUUGUCUGAACCUCCUUAUUCUUCUCUGACCCUCACUUAUGCAGUUGAUGUCUGCUGGGUCUGCCUUCAUCUCAUAGUCCAUACAGGCUCUGUUUGAGGUAUUGUUUAUUGCUGGAAGAUGUUGUGAUGCUGCUUCAAGGUUAGUUAAGGUUACAUGGGAUGCUUCUGCUUCUGCCCAUCUGGUCCUGGAGAAGAGUCGUGUGCCCCCAACCAAGGGUGUGGUCCGUAUUCCUUUCCAGUGACUGAAAGGACAGGACCGACCUUAGUCUACACAGCAGCCCGUGUUAGGCACCUCUGAUAACAUUGACAGCAAGUAUGUUGACACCACAGAUCAACAGGAAGGAAUCAAAUUCGGUUAUUAAGGCAGAGAUUUCACUUUGCCUCCAAAGGCAUGGACAAGAUGUGUCCUUUUGAUAGGGCCCACCCUAUCAGAUUUGAAAACGUGUAGGAUAUUUGAUUACACAGCAACCGAUAAAACUCAAAGACACAGCAUGCAGCCUUCAGCAAUCUUCAACCUUUUGGCGGGAAUCUGAUCCAGAUAAGAAAAGAAGAUUUCUUAUAGUCCUGUAAAAUUUCCUGUCAUCCUUAGCUGCUGGAUUGAUUGAAAUUUGAGUUUCUACAUUUCAAAAUCAAACCAGUGAAUACAACUUGUCUUUCAAGAGAAUCAGGGGCUUCAUAACUCAUGCCAAGUUAAUGAGUAUGAGCCUAAUCUUAUUUGACAUUCAGCUCGCCAGCUAUGUUACCUUCUUUAAGAAAAAUUGUUUGCAAAAUACAUACAACUUCACUUGGUUAUUAAAUAUACAUUAACAUUCCACCAGGGUUCCAAAGAGAUUAGGAUUAUUUUUUAAUUCACAUUAUCCUAGUCUGUGAAUUGUUCUGGAAACCCAUUUCUCCUUUUUGGAUGUUAGUGUACAUACCCUUUGGUACCCCAUAGCUCUAAUUUUAUUAAGCAGAACUAUUCUUACAACCUAAAGAACUAAUGUGGGUUCCCAACAGGCCUGAAGCCAUAAGACAUGGUGUAGGUGCAAUGAUUACACCUCUUUGGAUUACCUGGACAGAAUCUCAUCCAAAAGAGUAAGGACCCAAUCCCUAUUUUCCUAGAACUGAUAGUCCAGUGGAAAAGGUUAAACAGGAGCACAAAGUCAGUGAACUAGGUUAGUAGGAGAGAGACAGUGUCACACCCAGGAGGGUUUUACAAAUGAGGUGGGACUAUGGAACCAACAAUGGAAAUGAAUAUGCUUUUAUGGUGGCUGAAGAUAGUAAAAUGGCUUCAUUCUAUAGCAGUUAUAAAUAAGACAUUUGCUAUUUAUGAAGUUUAGAUUGGCAUUUAAAGUGUUGAGUGUAUGUGGAAUACCUAAGGAUUUUUCAUGUUUUCUUUUUAAAGUUUUUAAAAAUGUAGAACAGUCAACAAACUGGCUCUUGAAAGGGCCCUUUCUCUUAAAAAAAAAAAAGUCACUUAAUCCAACCUCUGCCCAUUUUAUAGCUGAGGAAACUAAGACCCAGGUUAGUUGAAGGACUCACUGAAGUUUACCCAUUAGGACCAGUGACAUUGCUGGUCCAUUACUGGCCUCUCCUUUCACUCAUCACAGCCCCAAAAAAGAGGAGAUGCAGUAAAUAGAUUUCAGACAGGAUGUCUCUAAGCUAUUUUGAACCCUGUGAUAUUAUGUAUUUAUGUGCUUGUCUGUCUCCCCCUACUAGAAUGUAAGCUCCAUUGGGCAGGGACUUUCCUGUGUUUUGUUCAUAGUGUAUCCCCCAAGCCUGAAACAGUGCCUGGCUCAUAGGAGGUGCUCAGUAUGUGUUUGUUGGAUGAAUAAAGGAAGUGGAGGAGAGAGCUAAUGAAAUGAAAAACUUAUGGAGUCUCGGACAAGAAAUCUUCCUGCUGUUGCUAAAGAAACUGUUAGCAAGUUUCUUUUCUACUGCAUCCUCUUAAAGGCAAGAUGUUCAUCUGCAAAGAGAGGGACUGCAAGAUUUAUUUGGGUGGAUUUUAUGGAAAAUUCAGUGCCAUAAUUCCCUGCUUUGCAGUAGCAGUUUACAUAGUGCAGCAUUCUGCAAAAAUUGCAUGGGCUGUGGACACAGGAUAUACCAUAUGGCCUAAUUACCCAUCAUUCUCUGACACCAUUACUACCUAAUAGAAGUUCAAAUAAAUUAUCUUUAACAUUGCAAUGUCUGAUAUAAACAUUAAAAUGUAUGUGAUUCUGUCUUGAAAAGCUAUUAUGAACCUGUUCAACAUUUUAAAUUGACUGUAAUCUUUUGAAAUGCCUAUAAGUGCUGUACCUGACACUCUGAUAAUCUCUGUAAUAAGUUUUGCUUUCUAGAAGGAAAAAUUCUAUGAUUAUAAGAAGUGACGAAUAGAAAGUGGUCAUGGCCUAUUAAAGCUAUUCAGAUUGGCCAAGCUUAGUGGUUGGAGGAUACUGAACACAGCAGGUUGGGUUCAGGCAUUUGCUCUGGAGCAAGUGUCCACUCAGGGACUCACCCUCCACGGGGGUGGCCUUCAUUCUCAGCUGUAAUGCAUCACAGAGAGCUGGUCAUUAGAUAAUUGAGUGACAUAUUGUAAAACAAAACAUUGGUUUUAUUUUAAUAGCAUGUUUGGAAGAAUUUGUCUCUAGGUAGUCAAAACCAGAAGCAGUUAAUCUCUUAUGUAAUAACUUGGGAAAUUGUAACAUAUCGUGAAUUAACAGUCAUCCAGAUGAAGGCAGUAAGCCAGAAAGUCUUUUUGCAGAUAUAAGACGACAGGCAGAACAGAUUUUAUAGACAUCAUGGAGAUCCUGCACGUCUUUCUGCCCCUCCUCAUUCCUUAUUCCUUCAACCUCUUUCCCCAACCAGAGCCCUUCCAUAUUAUGGAAAACAUUUUAGAGGACAAGGAAAAGCUUUCUGGGAAAAAACAACAUUAGACAUCUAAAGUAAAUCUUCAGUUUAACUCACACUUUUAAGUGAUUGACAAAAUAUUAUCAUUUUUUAACAGAGGUAAUGGUUCUUUUUAACAUCUCUGAUCUGAUGUGGCACUUGAGCAUUUUCAGAUGCCUGUCACCCUCUGGAGAGGGGCUAAAGAGGGCCCUUCAUGUCUUCUCCUCCCUCUCAAUUCUCCCAUGUAUGAAAAGUGAGCAAACGCUAAAGGAUUUUCAGUGUGCUUAGGAAUACAAUUUUAUUUCCUUGGAAGAUCCUCUGAAGUCAAUUACUACUGGCAACUUGGAGGUUUAAAAUGGGUUCUACCAGGCAUAGGCCUUGAGAAAUUCUGGAAUCUAGAAAUUCACUGAAAAAGGAAUUCAUCGCCAUCUAUCAAAAAGUUGCAGGUGAAGAAUCAAUGGAUUCGCAUUAUGUUUAGGGGGAGGCAGAUGCCAUAAUAUGAUUCCUAAUGGCAUUUAAUUCACAUGUGAUAUAUUACUGGCUUUGACUGCAGAUUGGAAGGAUUCAUUAAAGGAAACAAAAAUUCUUUGGCUUAAUUUAUUAUAGGUUAUUUUCUUUUUUCCUUUAUACCAGUAUUAAAUUUUAACUUAAAAACAAAAAGUAAUCAAAGUAAGAUAAAUGAAAAUUUGUCACACUAAUCAUUUUAAACUUUUAAGUUUUAAAAUCAGAGACUGGGAUUGCAAUGCAACCAAAAUGCAGACUUAAUUACUCUUUCCUAGUUCUGCUCAACACUAGGAAAUGUAACAUCAUGCUCUCCUAAUGUAUAUUCCACUUGGAUUCUUCACAUAAAAUUGUCUGAGUCAAAGGUACUGAUAUUCUCCUCAACCAUUCUAAAAAUUCAUACCAAAGUAUUACAGUUGGAGCACAUGUCUCUGAUGCAAAAACCAGAUACUUGCUGGUGAACAUCCAUCCAUUCAGAAUAUUCAGAUAUUCUGGACAGAGCUCAGGCUCUAGCCUCACCCUUAUGGCAGGCUUUGGCAAACUAAGGCUGGGCCUCCUGUUUUUGUAAAUAAAGUUUUAUUUGAAUGUAGCCAUGUCCAUUUGUUUACAUGCCUCAUGACCAAAUGAUCUGCAAAUCUGAGAAUACUUGCCAUCCUUAAGAAACGUUUACUGAUCCUUCCUCUAGAGAGAGCAAAGAAUGUACAAUUAGGGUACCUCAACCAGACAGAUUUGGGUGAGUUCUAAUCUCUUCCAUAAGCAAGGUUUUCAACUCUCCAUAUCCCAGAGCCCAGCAUUCUACAACAGAUUUAUUCUAACAAGGUCAAGUCCCUUCAAGAAUGAAAAAUCACAUGUUGUUUUGUUCUGAGUUUUUGUCAACUAAAGUAGUCUUCUCCCAGCUGAGCACUCAUAUGGAAGUGUGGUUGAUAAUGUUUGUAACCAAAGUGUUAAAUUAGGAUAGAUAGGCCUCACGAUUUGUAUUCAGAAUGACAAUUGUGAACUCAAGAAACUCAGUCUCCCUGGAUUUUCCUUCUUUGAAGCCUUGGAAAUGAUACGUGUAUCCAUUCUCUGCCUCACAGUCAAUGCUUUUGAUGCCAAGUCCCUUAACUGCUUUUAUAAAUGUAAAUAUUCAUUAAUUAAACAA